AUGAAUUCAGUGGAACGGACCUUUCGUGUGGCUGCUCAAAGUUAGUAAUGAGAAUUUGAUCAAACUGCCCGGGAUGGAUGCAGGAGGAUGAAAUGAGGAAAUGUGACGUGGGAAUCGCUCGAGUGGUCCCUGAGGGGAUGAGGUCUCAGGGGGACCUAUUGAUGCAUCAAACAUCUCGCAGCAGUACUAUCCAGCUGUGGAAUAUUGGCCAAAACGUGUCUGGAAUUUACAGGCCGGCACCUGUACUGUCAGUAUGUACAACACUGUUAACAAGACAACGAAAACGAAUCGUAAAUGUCGUGAUUGAUUGCUCUACUGGUACAGGCCGAAAAAGACGAACUACCAGCCGACAAGCAUUCAUGCAUAAGUUGGCUUUUUCCUGGCCGACUUCUUGCACCGUUUUCUGGGGAGGCUGUAGGGUUGCAACGCCUUACCUCAACACCCUCAAAAAUCCUAUACAAACAUCUAAUGGUAGAAGGGAGCUCAAGCGUCCCGUUGUGCCUUAUGGACCCUCUUUCGAGCCCAACCAGCAGCCGCACAGUGACGCAUGAUAAAGGCAGAAUGAUAUUACCGACGCUGUGCGGCUGCUGGUUGGGCUCGAGAGAGAGUACAUAAGGCACAACGGAACGGGAGUUCCGUAAGAACGAUCGGUGAGCGCCGACGCUCGCGGAGAGAAGAGAAGGCGCUGACCGAAUGUCACGUGACCGGCGUGGCACACUGUCUCACGGACGUACUCGCGAGGCCGGAAACACCACGCCUGAGGAACAACGACCGCCGUCUGACGAGGGGGAGGCCAACGAGCACACCGCUGCAGCGGCAACCGCUUGAGGGGAACACAAGCCACGCCAGUCCGCCAAUGGCUGGGAUCAGGGAGGCGACAAUCAGACAACGGAAAGCAGGGUAGCCAACGAACGUGCGCUGGGCACGGUUAUAAUACGAGGCAGGCCGCAAGGCUGAACAGAUCAAGGCGAGCAAGAAACGCCGGCGAACGGCUCUGAUGAUGGAGACGAGAGAGUUUCCGAAACGUCAGUUUGAAUACAACUUGGCCCAUGAAAUCGCUUUCUCAUCUCUGUCUUCCUCGGGGGAUGAUAUACACGAUACAUAUGUAUAUUAGGAUGAGUUUUAACUGACGAGUUCAUGAGAGAUGCUUACGCCGACAUCUGCAGAAGGAGUAUCAUCAAAGACAAGGAAGAAUGGGUUGGCACUUCUGACAUAUUAGUCCUUUUCAAACGGUGAUACGCAAUCUCGGGUUUAUACACCGCAGUACUCGAGUCCGGACCCAUUUGGUCCCUGAGUUCUAAGUUCAUUGCUCCAUAGCCGAGCAACAAGCCGGAUGUUCAGUCGGUUCUCAUCCGAAUUAUUAACUAAAUCUGCCACUUAGAACUGUUUUGCCGCUUUCAUCAAACCGUACGAUAAAUCAGGAUCCAGAAGACCUGGAGUCAAUUCCGCGCUCUUAAGUUGCUGAGUACAGAGUCAAGUGUCCAGCAAUGAAGCCACGAGUUUGCAUCCUGCCAGCUGCUAUCAACAGUGGUUAAAUUCGCAUGUCAGUAUCAGACAUCAGUCCGUCCUAAUAUUCAGAAAUAAUCAUCACAGUUCCCCCGUCUUUGCCGUAUAUGUCGAGUAUUGGUCUCCAGUCUCUACGCGAUACCCCAUGUUAACCCUAACCUAGCUAACAGUAAUGUCCAAAUUCCAUCCUACAGCCAGAUUAAUAUCAUUUCGGUGCUAUUAGCAUAUUCGUCCGAUUUUUGCCUUUUCCUCUGCCCAACUCAUCUGUUGCAAAUCCAAAAAUUGUCUUCUAUUCUCCUAACCAUUUUUUGUUAAUUAAAAGCCCUUCUGUGAAAGCUCCUGAUUUCUUUUCGAGGGAACAACUGUGUAACCAUUUGCCAGCGGCCACACGGAUGAAGGUUCACUCUAGUCAUUUAAUCCUGUUUUGUUCUAAAAAAAAUUGCCUUUACCGCGGGCCGACAGCAAAGUUCAUUUAUUAAUUGACCCAAUUACAGUUCGUUUUCUAACUGUAUAGCCUACUGUCUACCAGUAAAACUUUCCUUUGGUGGCUUCAUGCGCCCAAGCGUGUCUCGCGUCUUUCUUUAAGCACCCAACGUCGAAAUGGGAAUCAGAAUUAAGUGAGCGAAUUCAGCUGUUAGUGCGCUUACAGUAGGUGGACUUACUCACGAAAUGUCAACCGAAAUUUCGAAGUACGUUCUCGUUUCGAAAAAAUUGAUUAAGUAUGGCUGUAAAAUUAAUCACCGUCCAGCAUAAUUCUAUAAUGAUCCAGUUGCCUCAGGGUGUCUUCUUUCGAAUGAACUUAUUUCCGACUACAUACAAGAGUUAUACUCUGCAAAAAUGACUGCUUAAGUAACAUGCAAUUUUCUCGUUGAUUUUCGACGCCCUUGAAAAUUCAAUAAUACUUCAUGGAAUAUAUGCAUAUAAAUAUUAGUUCUUUCACUUAUUCGGUAGAAAAUCACGUCUUCUUUUAAUUUUACACUCGAAAGAAGAGUAUAGCGGUUUUAAAAAACUUUUCUAAUUCGCGAUUAAUAUGGAAACCGACCUGCUGUUACACAUGCAUUCAGGGUUUCAAAACUACAAGCCGCAUAGUCUGUGUACGGAAAACCAUACACUUCUCUACGGCAUUAAAAGGAGACUAUAAGGGGUUCAAAAUAUUAAACAGAGGAUGUGAGCAGCAUUUUUAACUUUACAAGCCACAUUGAUAAAUACAGAUACAUGACGUUUUAUGAAAGGCCAUUUCACGGUAUUAAAAAAUCUCACAAUUAGAAACUUUUUGAAACCGAAUUAUACUCCUCCUUCGAAUAUAAAAUUGGAAGAAGACGUAAUUUUCUACCGAAUAAAUAAAAAAUGAAUAUUUUUAUGCAUUUUUUCAUAAAAUAUAAUUGAACUUUUAAGGGCAUCAAAAAUCGAUGAAAAAAUGCAUGCUACAUAAGUAGUCAUUUUUAGCCGAGCAUAGUUAUUGCAUGCAGUCUAAAAUAAGUUCAUUCAAAAGAAGGUACCCUGAUGUAACUGGAUCAUUAUAGAAUUAUGCUGGACAUUGAUUAAUAUUACAGCCAUACUUUAUCAAUCUUUUCGAAACGAGAACGCAUUUCGAAACUUUUGUUCACAUUUCAUGAGUUAGGCCACUUACUGUACGAUGACCGCCGAAUUUUAUGACAUGUAUUCUGUACUUCGAGCUAAGGAUGUGAAGUAUUCGCUGGCCUUACCUCGACCUGUAGCUAUUUAUCGUCGAUGACAACAAAGGUCUCGCUUCAUAUUACCGAGUUUCGUAAAUUGAGGACUUUAACUUCGAAGCAGAAUUUCAGAUUUCCAUCUGAUCACACUUGGCAGCAGGUGUAGCAUUACACGGUUAGGAUUCAUAUACACUGAAUCAAACAGAGAAGGGAACUAACAUCAAAGUUGUGGUUUUGCGGGAAUUUAUUACUGUCUACUGCCGGGAGUUAGAAUGGCCAAUCUUGGGAGAAAGUAACAGAGUGCCUAGAUUUUUGAUCCUGGGUGCAAAGAGGUUGGUAUUACUUCUCGAUUACUAAUUGAUCGUUGCUAUGCUAAGGACUGUGAGGGCUGGUGACAGCAGGGCGCAACGUCCAUGCUGUCCUGCAACUGGGCCGAGUCGGCGACCGUCGCGUCCAGAUGACCUUGAGUAUUUCCGAGUGCGGCCGAUUGGCCGAGAGGUCUUGGCGCAAUAAACAACCAAACUGGAAUUUAAAUCCCAGGAUUUUCUGGCCCGUAGCUGGAGUACGGGCCAGAGCGGACAGAAAAAUCACCAAAAAAUUCCUCUUACAAUCUCGUUCGGUUUUGCCAUUUACACACUGGGUAACGUGUUUGCCCCAAAAACGGGCCGCCCACUAGAUGCACUGGACCAACACAAGGGCUAGGUUGGAGUUCGGCAGACGUUAUCGGGAAUGCGCGCCGAUAACUAGUGCCUACAUUCGGGUUGUGGUAGCAGGCCCAGUUGCAUAUAACCGCCGCGCCAAUAGGUAUCCGAAUCGAUCCCACUAUAUUUAUUGUAGUUAACAAUUCUGAUCAAAUAUUUUCCGUGGACUAGGGUGUAAGCCUAGGGGUGGCCCCGGCCGCGCCAGCCAUCUGCGCCCAUCCCCACCACCUCCGGUCUUCGUGACUCUCUCCGGACAUCGGAGCCAUGAGGGGGAUGAUGAUGAUGAUGAUGAUGAUGAUGAUGAUGAUGAUGAUGAUGAUGAUGAUGAUGAUGAUGAUGAUGAUGAUGAUGAUGAUGAUGAUGAUGAUGAUGAUGAUGAUGAUGAUGAUGAUGAUGAUGAUGAUGAUGAUGAUGAUGAUGAUGAUGAUGAUGAGAAUGAGAAUGAGAAUGCAGUAGAUCAUGCUCAAGUCCACCGUCACAAUAAACUAGCUCAUGCACAGGUCACCGUUCCUGCUUUCACCCCGCUGUGGAACACACAGUGA